AUGUUCAUGGUGACAAGAGUGAUCAAGGUAGGAAAGGCAGCUGUUCAAGUGGAUGCACCACCUUCCCAGGAUGAAGAAGAAGAGAAAAGUGAUGACAGCUGGGAAGUGCUCCUUGCCUCCUUCCGCAAAAAAUUGCCAUCCUCAGAGUCAGACAGUGACUCUUCUGAGGACUCAUCUCAGAUGGAACAAGAUGCUGCUCUACCUGUUGCAUCACCUGAGCCAGCAUACAUCCCAGAUGAACUUGAAGACUCAGAAGAAGAGGAACCCUCAAAGGAAGAAGAGCUUGACUUGGAUGGGAAGGAUCUGUCAACUCCUUUUGAGACUCACAGUGAUGAAUUGGAUUCCAUCAAAAAAUGUCUCUGUGUUGCUCCUCAUGCUGACAACACCCCUGACAUCCUUGUUUCUGUUCCUCGAGAUCUUUUGUUACAACAGCUUACUGACUCCUUAGCUCAGAUCACUUAUCACCAGUCCAUGGUGGAAAUGCUCCAAAAAGCUCUUUAUGAUAAAAAAGGGGGAGAACAAGCUAGUCAUGAAGUUGAAGCAGGGACUUCUCAUCCUUUGGAUGCAAGAGGCAGAGAGCAUGGAGUUAAUGAAGAAGAAGAAAAGAAUGAGGGUGAAGCUGAACGAGCAGAGGAAAGCAGUGGGUCCAGUGCUAGUGAUGGAGGAAUAGUAGCUGAUACUGAGGAGACCUUGGAUAUUCUACUUUAA